GUGGGCACAGGUGGGUGGCACUGGUGGGCACAGGUGGGUGGGCACAGGUGGGUGGCACUGCUGGGCACAGGUAGGUGGCACUUCUGGGCACAGGUAGUUGGCACUGCAGAGUGGCACAGGUGGGUGCACUGCUGGGCACAGGUGGGUGCACUGCUGGGCACAGGUGGGCGGAACUUGCGGGCGGCACUGCUGGGCACCGAUCAUCAGGGCACUGAUCAUCAGUGCCCUGAUGAUCGGUGCCGAUCCCCGCUCUGACAACUGCCGGUUCUCGGCAGUACUUUCCUCACGAUCUGACAGCAUGAGGAAAGUGCAGCCGAGAACCGGCACUUGCAU